GCUGGUUAGCGCCUUCAGGAGGAGAAAAGUUUUCGCAGAAGGUAAACUUUCAGUUCUGUUUUGGACGUUUGGACUAUAAAUCAUCAUGGCCAACGGCCAUGUGGACAUCUGUGACCCCGCCUCCAACCACAAUGCAAACGGCCACAUUGUCCCCAAACCUGCCUCCAGCAUGGAGGACACAGUGGAGUACACACUCCUGAUGGUCUAUGCGACAAGGAGGCAGCCCAAUAAGGACACAGACACACCUGCACAGAACCAGAUUCCCGCUAGCCUGGCAGCGAGUGAUGCCUCGUUCAAUCAGAUGCCUGUAAAGACUGAGCAGAAGAAGAAAAGGAAGAAGUGGAGAGGCUUUACAUUUACAUGUCUCCGUUCUCAAACAGACGAUGCACUUAGUGAAGCAGCAUCCAAACAUGACCAGAACAGACCGUCUGAAGCAGGAUUCAGAUCUGGACCACUGGAAUUCACAUCUGAAUCUGGAGGUGAUGUACGCGGUGCACAUCGAGACGAUGGGAGUGAAAACGAUAAGUUGGAGGUGGCUGUGAGCCGACUGACUGAGAUCGCUGAUCAAAUCCCAUUCACGCCUCCAGAAAUCGAGGCCGACUCAGAAUAUGUCCCAGAAGAUGACAACAUUGAGAAGCUCAUCGGGUUGUUGCUGAGGGAGAGUGGAGACGAGUUCAACCGAAAGGUACUGAGAGAUUCCUCGCUGACCGCUGAGCUGAGGGGAAACUACAGUUUCUUUGAGAGACUCGUUUCAGCCUUUCUCGAAAAGAUGGGGAUCGCAACCUCUGACCCCAACUCUCUUGGGCCACAAGCGUCACCAAAGACCAAGCUCGCCAUUACCUGUGAGGUCAGCAGCCGUCUGUCUGCAGUGGAUCAGCAGCUCACCAGACCGCUGCUCGGCUUCGGAGCCAGAUACAUCCAGCAUAACUUCUCUGCCUGGGCCACGCAGCAUGGCGGAUACGAGGACGCUCUUAAUGAGGACGAUGAUGAUAAUGUUGAGUGAAAAGUCUUCAUUUUGUCUCCAGUCUGUAACCAAACACGCGUCUCGCACGAUGGCGAGCAUCGUUUCAUCCUGUCUCUCCACCAGCUUCCAUGUUGUUUGUGUGUGCUUCUUUUAUGAAAAUCAGCCUGAGCCGAAGUGACCAGUUUCUGUUCUGGGUAGUUUGGACGCCUGUUUCCAACAUGUAAACAAAAACCAAAAGGUCAGAAAUCAAAACAUCACAAAUGAAGUCAAUGAAAAAAUAUACAAAAUGCAAAUUUGGUACAUCUCUGAAGUUUUCUGACCUGAAAUUUUGAGUAUCACAAACUUGGGGAGAACAUAAGUGAGAUUGUGGAAUUUUUAUACCUUGUUUAACAACACUUUUGAUUAAAUGUGAUUUAUCAUUUGAAAUGUUGAAAUCAUCCAUUUAUUAUGAAUCAGUUGAUUUGUUUAGCACUUUAAAAAAAAUAAUCAAUGAACAGCUUAAAUUACAAACUAAAACAUUCACAUCAAUAAUAUUCAGGAAAAAAAAAAACCUAGAAGUUAAAUUCAAACUAUAGAUGACAAAGGUGAGUUACAGUCAGAAUAAAAAUGUAUUGGGCAAAAUUACAUUAACUAGUCGGAUCACUGUCAGUCAAACUCUAGAAACAGGACUUUUUUUUUUUUUUAUGAUUUGUUCUGUUAAGUCAUAAUGUGUAAGCACUAUGAUACUUUAUGUAUUGUUGGUAUAAAAUGGAAUUGAUGGAUUAAAGUAAAUGACCAUC